AUGCCUUCUUAUGUUCCAAGCGGAUUGUUUAGACAGGCAUACAGGUCGCUCACCCUGAACACAACUUGCAUAGCCAAGGAUGCAGAAGCAAUGCCGCCAGAUGUGGGCAGUCUCCAGCCACAUUGCUACAUCGACACCUCGGCCCCGCAGUACUCAAGCACCUCUUUAUGACUUUAUGGGAUAGCGGGAUAACUGUUGCGUUCAGCCCGAUACAGCAACACGCUUGGCCUUAGCCUCAAGGCUCACUUCAUCAUAUCAUCAAAAGCUUAGUAGUUUAUUUCUUUGGAAGGACGCAACUUCUGAAGUCGUCAAGUUUGAGUAGCCAAGGCUCCAGCCCCAGCAUUUGCUCUCCGAGCCUUCAAGAAAAUUAUGCUCAACGUUACAGGGGGGCGUCGGCCCGUGGCCUCUUGGCGGACACCGCCGGGAUUUCUCGAGCGCCUGGCGGACGCGUGGCCAGCCGUGCUGGAUGGGGCAGUUGAGCAAGCUGGUGGCGACCCCGCGCGUGUCACGCGCGACAGCUUCUUAGCGGCGCUCCGUGAGGCGCUGCCGGGCCUCAGCGCCGCGGAGGACGACUAUGCGCGGCAGGUGUCCCUGUCCGUCAUACAGCAGGUCCGCGGCUCCAACGUGUUCUUCCCCGACCUGGACUACCUGCAGGCGGCCCUGCUGCAGGGGCGUGUGCCGCCUCAGGAGCUAGACCAGCCGCGCUCCACCCUCAGCCUGGCCACCUUCACCACGACCACUCGGUCAGGCACCAAGUCUCUCGACCUGUUCAAGACGACAGGAGUCACAUGGAAAAUCCCCAAGGGCUUUCUCAACCGCUACAACGACUGCAAUCAUGAGGUCCUGCGGCGGGCGGCGGCUCUGGUGGGCGCUCGGCACGACGGCGCGCGGGAUGUGGUGGCGGGCGUGUGGGGCCGCGUGGACGUGCCCACCUUUGUGGAGGCGUGCCGGCAGGUGCUGGGCGAGAUCAGUGCGGACGAGGAGGAGUAUCUCAUCGCGCUCGCAUCCGAGCAGGUGCAAGAUGGCACCGCCUACAUUCGGGAUCUGCCCUUCCUAGACAAGUGCAUCCAGAACGGCAAAACGCCCACCUCAAUUAAAGGACCGGAGCUGCUGCCAAGCAUCUUCCUCAACGACACCACCUCUGGCAAGACUGACGGCAUGACGCUACGGCACACAGGCGGCAGGAUCUUCUGAAGUAAAUGCGCCUGCAGGACAUGUAUGUAUAUGCAGUGUGGCAAUAUAUGCAGUGUGGCAAUGCUUGCGGUGAAACUCAACAAUAAUGUGCGUAUGUAGCUGGCUGGUAAGCGUCACGUGCGUCCAAAAGGUGAGAUGCAGGCGAGGGCCUUAGGAAGGAGUGGCAGGAGGGCGCUAUUUACGAGCGAGUGAGGCCACGGUGAUAGAUGUGGUCAGUUUUGGUCAGGGGAGGGUGGGCCUUUACGACCGAUGCAUGGAGGGCCCUGCACGCCCUACCUGCGUGUGGCUGCUGCAAGCGCGUGCCGGGUUUGAGCCUACCGUAAUGGCCGCCUUAAUGUGCGGUUGCACCGUCUUGCCUAGCGUCUUGCCCGACCGUUGCAAACCUGGGCUCCUAUCUCAAUGUCUCCAGACACUCAUCGGCCAUUUUGGCCGUUUCUUAUGCAAUCCUCCCGGGGGCUAUAAUGUCUGGGGCUAGACUUCAUUGGCCCGGCCCUGACGCCUGCAUCUCGCGCGUGGCCGCAUGGCCCCAUCGCCCAGGUCGUGCGAUGCCAUUUGCGCAGUGUGGCAUUGAAGCACGAGGGUGUUGAGGGCCCCUGUUGGCGUGCAAAGGGGUGUUGGUGUACCGUGUACGUGUCAUGCACAUUGCACCUAUAACAACUGGCUAACCUGUUCGGUCCCCACACCCUGCUGCAUUCCUUGAGCAUAACUGUCGCGGCGGUAAGCGCGUACUUACAAGCGGGUUUGCGUUUCGGGAUUAUCCAUGUUGAUAGCAUGGGCGCUAUAACGCAUGUGUGCACCUGUGCACACCAGUCGUAUGCAUGUACCGGUAUGCAUGCGUGGGCGGAUGGGGUUUCUCACAGACAAGCACGUGGGCUGGGUGGGAGCAGGACACGUACAUCCGUGCAGACCUCAUCAGCCUACAGUCAUUGAACAGGGCCUGCACGGAGGACCAAUUAAAUUGGCUUGUUGUUGUUGGUUACAAGGCACGAGCAUACGUGGUAUCCUGCCCCCGUAAGUACCAGCGGCCCGGGAUAACCCCAGGAAACUCACUUUGUGCCACGAAGGUACACAUGUUCGGCAAUACUACUCAACUCC